UUCCACUCAACAUAGACACACAACACAAUUCCACAAACCAAACUCUCCAAAUCUCAAACACAAGAAACAAAAGGUGCUUCUUCAAAUUUAGCGAUGGCCAACCCAGAUGAAGUUUCAGCCCUAAACCGCAUCAAAUUGCAUCUUUUGGGUGAACUCUCUCCACUCAGCACACCCCAAACAAAACAAAAUCAUCAACAACAACCUUGGUUCGAACUACACGAAGCGAACCCUAGCCCCUCUCAGUCUUCUAACUCUGACUCUUCUGUUUCCUUCAACCACUACUUCACGGAAACCCAAUUUCCCCUCUUCGAAUUCGAUUCCAAGCCCGAAGUAAUCGACCUCGAAACCCCAAAGUCCCUUAAUUCCACUUCCAAUCAGGAGAAGAAAGGUCAAUUGAGUCGUAAACCUUCGCUGCAAAUCUCUCUCCCGAAGAAGACCGAGUGGAUCCAGUUCGGGAACCCGGAGGAGCCGCCGCCGCCGCCGCCGGAGAAGAAGCACUACCGCGGCGUCCGGCAGCGGCCGUGGGGGAAGUUCGCGGCCGAGAUCCGCGACCCGAACAAGCGCGGGUCCAGGGUGUGGCUCGGGACCUUCGACACCGCCAUCGACGCCGCCAAGGCCUACGACCGCGCCGCCUUCAGGCUCCGCGGCGCGAAGGCCAUCCUGAACUUUCCCCUCGAGGUGAGCGCGGCGGCGGAGGAGGCCGGCGACGAGAGGAAGCGGCGGCGCGAGGAGGAGGAGGAGGCGGAGGUGGAGGAAGUGAAGGCGGUGGUGGUGAAGAAGGAGAGAACGACGACGGAACAUGACGUGAAUUGUUUUAGGGAGAUGCCGUUAACGCCGUCUAUGUGGACGGGGUUCUGGGACAGUGAUGUUAAGGAGAUUUUCAACGUGCCGCCGUUGUCGCCGUUAUCUCCUUUUGGAUUUUCGCCCCUCAUGGUUGUGUAAAAUUUCUAAUUUAGGACCCUUCUUUUUUCGUCUUUCGCCGCGUCCUGUUUAGGGAUGAGUACAGUGUACAUUUUCACCAAUUUAUUAAUUCAACCAUCUUCAUUUAUUCA